AAAAAAAUCUAUAUACUGUAGAGAAGAUGGUACACUAGACAAAAACAUCUCCCUCCUUUUCGGCUACUCCCCUCUUUCUCUCUCCUCAAUUGAAGAAGAAGACGGCAAUCAACUAUGGCGCUUCAGCUGUGGGAGACUUUGAAGGAGGCAAUCACAGUGUACACAGGGCUCUCUCCGGCUACCUUUUUUACGAUUCUUGCUUUACUAUGGGCUGUAUACCAUGUGUUAUCGGGCCUUUUCGGUCCUUCUGAUAAUCACUACCAACCGCGAUCCAGAGAACUCGAGGAGCAGGUGCAGCCUCCGCCGCCGCCUGUUCAGCUCGGAGAAAUCACCGACGAGGAUCUCAAACAAUACGAUGGCUCCGAUCCUAAGAAGCCUCUUCUUGUGGCUAUCAAGGGCCAGAUCUACGAUGUUUCCCAAAGCAGAACGUUUUAUGGACCUGGGGGGGCAUAUGCGUUAUUUGCUGGUAAAGAUGCAAGCAGAGCUCUUGCGAAGAUGUCUUUUGAGGAUAAAGACUUAACUGGUGAUAUUUCUGGUCUUGGCCCAUUUGAAUUGGGGACUUUGCAGGAUUGGGAAUACCAGUUUAUGAGCAAGUAUGUUAAGGUUGGAACAAUCAAGAGCACAGCUGUUCCAGUUUCUGAUGAAACUGCAGCCGCUGAAUCUGCAGAAACUAAAGAAGGAGAUGCUGCUAAGCCUGUCAAAGAUGGUCCUUCAGAAACUGCUGCUGUUAAAGCCGAGGAACCCCCAUCUGUUAACGAUGCUGCGAAGGAGUAAUGCUUUGGUUCAAUAACUCAUAAAGGAUACAAUUUCUAAUGAAAAUGCUGAAUAAAGAGUAGCUCUUUCUGGCUGUAUGCUUCUUGUUAUAUUUUGUUCACUAUAAGUUUACUUUGCUAGUCUAGGGAACUUCUGCAGACUUGCUUUAAUGUCUAGAUUAUCAAGAAAAUAAAAUAGGCAAAUCUUGUUUAAUAUUCAGACUGGGAUUUGUGCGGUUGAUGUGUUUGAGGUAGCUAGUACUGGUAAAUCAGGAGUUGUUUCAUAGAAAUAUAUGUUACUAUUUUCGUUU